AUGUCGAGUUUACCUACAACCACACAAGAUCUCAAAUCUGGGCCAACGAGUCGUGCAAACAUUCCAAUUAUGUUCAGGAAGUUAUUUAAGACACCAAGAAAUUUAGAUUUUGAAACUGCCAUUUGGGAAAUGUUCAAUUUGAUUUUUAAGCCAAGGAAAGCAUUCAGAUCUUUUUAUUAUCAACGUCAAACCAAACAUCAAUGGGCAAGAGAUGACCCUUCCUUUUUUAUUCUACAAAUAGGUUUACUUACAAUAAGUUCAGUAGUAUGGUCAAUUGUAUAUGGACAUAGUUUUGGAGGUUUUUUAAAGAUGAUGAUUAAUAUGGUGUUUGUGGAUUUUUUUUUAUUUGGAUUUAUUGUAGCUUCCUUAUUUUGGAUUAUUUUAAAUAGACCAAUGUUUAAAUUUAGAUCUGCUAUGGAGUCACAAGUUGAAUGGGCCUACUGUUUUGAUGUACAUUGUAAUGCAUUUUUGAUUAUAUGGGUUUCCUUAUACUUUUUACAAUUCAUUUUGUUGCCAAUCAUUAAUUUACAUAAAUGGAUUGGUUUAUUUGUCGGUAAUACUUUAUACUGUUUUGCAUUCGCACAUUAUUUCAUUUUAACUUUCUACGGCUAUAGUCAAUUGGCCUUUUUGAAAAAUAUUAACUUCAUCUUAUUCCCCUCAUUGGCAUUUGCUGUAAUAUAUCUAAUCAGUUUGAUCGGUAUUGACUUAUCCAAAACUUUCAGCUUCUAUAAAUAA